AAACAAGCGCGGCCCCGCCUCCCGGCCCCUCCGCGCGCCCUGCACAGCUCUCCGCCGGCGGGACGCGCUCCAGCGGGCCGGGCGCCUUCCUCCCAUAGUCCCCGGCGGGCCGGAGCAGCGGCAGCGGGCGCGGCGCCCCGGGUCGGCCGGCCGAGCGCGCGGCCCCUCCCCGCCCCCCGCGCGCGCUGUGGCGCAGUAGGAAUUUGGCGGGGCUCCGGGCGCUAUUCACGGCUCCUGACGCGCCGGCCGCCCGCUGGUCAUUUCUAUUCUCGGGGCGCUGGGUCAGCGCGCUCGGCCGGGCCCGGAGGGUGUGUCCGCCGCGCGGGGCUCGCCGCGCCUAUAAGGGCCGAGCGGCGGGCAGGGACAUGCAGCUCUACAGCAGCGUGUGCACCCACUACCCAGCCGGGGGCCCGGGACCCACGGCCGCCGCUCCCGCUCCGCCCGCCGCCGCCGCCGCCGCCGCCGCCGCCCCGUUCAAGGUCUCCCUGCAGCCGCCGGGCCCCGCCAGCGAGCCCGACACCGGGGAGCGCCCGCCGACCGCGCCCGCCGAGCCCCGGGAAGCCGCCGCCGCGCCCGCCGCCAACAUGCCCGCCUUCUCCUCCUGCUUCGAGAUGGUGUCCGGGGCCUCCGCCCCCGCCCCGGCCGCCGCCGCCGCCGCGGGGCCGCCCUCCGCCGCGUGCAAGCCGCCGCUGCCGCCGCACUACACGUCCACCGCGCAGAUCACCGUGCGGGCCUUGGGCGCCGCGCCGCCCGCCGCGCCCCGCGGCCGCUGCCUCCUGCUGGCCCCCGCGCCCGCCGCCCCGCGCCCGCCGCGCCGCGCCGCCUCGGCCUGGCUGCUGGAGGAGCUGCUGCGGCCCGACGGCCCCGAGCCCGCCGGCCCGGACGCCGCCCGCGACGCGCCCGACAGGAACUUCCGACUGAGCGAGCACCGCCAGGCCCUGGCCGCCGCGCAACCCCCCGCCGGCCCCGAGGAGCGGCCGGCCGAGCGCCCCGAGCCCCCCGCCGCCGCCGCCGAGGCGCGGAGGCCCGACCCCGAGGCCCCGGGCGGCCCGGGCCGGAGCGGGGAGGCGGCCCCGGGCGGCGCGGCCGAGGCGGGGGUCGGGGCGCGGGCGGACCCCCGCGACGAGAAGCUGGCGCUGUACCUGGCCGAGGUGGAGCGGCAGGACAAGUACCUGCGGCAGCGCAGCAAGUUCCGCUUCCACAUCAUCCCCGACGGCAACUGCCUGUACCGCGCCGUGAGCCGCGCGGUGUACGGGGCGCAGAGCCUGCACCGCGAGCUGCGCGAGCAGACGGUGCACUACAUCGCCGACCACCUGGACCACUUCGGGCCGCUCAUCGAGGGCGACGUGGGCGAGUUCCUCAUCGCCGCCGCGCAGGACGGCGCCUGGGCCGGCUACCCCGAGCUGCUGGCCAUGGGGCAGAUGCUCAACGUGAACAUCCACCUGACGACGGGGGGGCGGCUGGAGAGCCCCACGGUGGCCACCAUGACGCACUACCUGGGCCCCGAGGACGCGCUGCGGCCCAGCAUCUGGCUGAGCUGGCUCAGCAACGGACACUACGACGCGGUGUUCGACCGCUCGUACCCGAACCCCGAGUACGACAGCUGGUGCCGACAGACUCAGGUGCAGAGGAAGCGCGACGAGGAGCUCGCCAAGUCCAUGGCCGUCUCGCUGUCCAAAAUGUACAUUGAGCAGAACGCCUGCUCCUGAGACCGCGGCCCGCGACGCGAGCCUUAGAGGAGCGCUCUCCAGGGUAAUAGCACUUUGCAACUUGUCGUCGUCUCCCUGUAGGUGGAAUGCCUUAAACCAGCCUUUCUUCUUUUCUUGUUGGAUGCCGUCUUCUCAGAGCUGAAGGUUGCUGGGCACCUCGUCUUUGGGUGACCCUACUGCUAUUUAUAACCUGCUGUGUACGAUUAGCGCCACUUCCUUUGCAAGCGACUUUCUCACAGUGUAAAUCGGUUCAUUCCUGGUCAUCUAUUUUCUAUAAAGUUGUAUUUUUGCACAUUUUUAAAAAUGGGUGUACCUUCCUUCAUCUAUGACGUGUUCCAUUUUGACAAACGGCUCCCCGGAAUAAAUCCUGAGAAAUGCUUUUAUAUGAUAAGUCUGUUACUUUGAACAGCCUGUGACUUAGUAGUCGUUUUAUUGCAUUUUCAGAUGAUUUAAUCAAGUGGAUACAGAUGCGUCCAUCUCGCCGGUCGAUUGGCCCAUUCCUUUUUUAAUAAAGCAGUUCCCUUGUUUGGGGAAUGAUUCUUUUUUAAAGAAAGGGUGAUUCUUUUAAAGAGGAGUAUUUAAGGAAAGGUGGUGGGGAGAUUUUUUUUUUUUUUUUCUCCCUUUAAAGGAUAGUACCAGCUCUUACUUGAAAGUGAUAUAUGCUGUUGGCAGAGUGAUAUUUCUGUCCUCUGGUUAAUGUUUAGAGUAGAUUGUCUGGUGCUUUCAGUUUUUAUUUAAAUUUGUCUUUUUGUUAUAAAAGAGUUUUAACCUGGUAUAAGGCAUUGAUAAGAUAAGCCUCCUGUUUUAUACAGCUUCAUGGAUUCAACUGAGAGACUUUCAAACGGACAACAUACAUGCCUAGAACCUACCUUGGGAGUUGGUUUCCAGCAGGAGAAUACUGUCUUCACUGUCUGUUCCUUUUAAAUUCUUUCAAAAGGCAAACUAGGAUUGCCUGUAUUAUGUAAAAAUGAAAAUGUCUGUAAACAGCUUGUAUGGUUUGCUGGGUCAAACACUAUUCCCAAAAAUCUAUCUAAAAAUCUAUCCUACUUUUACUUUACUUCUAGUUAUAUUUAUUAAGUAAUGCAGUUUGUACUUUUUUAUUUCGUAACAUUUUGUGAUUUUUUUUUUUUUUUGGUACAAUGCUGUAUUUGUACAAUAGAGCAAUUCUCAGCUGAUGGAAUGAAUGAAUAAAAUGCAUAAUUUUACUUUUAA